AACUUGGUAAAGCCAACAAGAACUUUCCCUGACCUGAGAGUUGGGUUUCACUGUGCUGCGUUCAUUAUUACACAGCGUUUUACCCACAAUUACUUCCUGUUCAAGUUCCUGUUUGUUGCUGUGCACUGAGAACCCACCUUGGAAAGGCCACAUGAGGACAUGACCAGGAAGAGAAGUCUCUCCAAGAACCUCAUCAUGCUGGCAUCCUCUUCGUGGAUUUCUGGCCUCUAGAACCAUGAGAAAUAAAUGUUGGUUAAGCCAUUCAGUCGAUGAUAGUGCACAAAUAUGACCAGGAUUUGUGAAGAUGGGUCCUCAUCUGCCCCGUCUUACAGUUGAGGAAAGUGAGUCUCUUUGGGGAGGGGAUGGACAGAAGGUAGAGAGUUCAAUUCUAAAUGGUUGGGCAAGCAAAGCCAAGAAUUGCCUCUCUCUCUCUAUCAUAUAUAAAAUAAGAUUGCUCCUCCCCUACCUCUGCAGUACGUGUGUGCGUAUGUGUGUGUAAGUGUGUGGAGCCACAGGCCUUUUCGAAUGAGUGACAGCGGGAGCCCAUCCCUCCCAGAGACGCGUGCAGAAUGACCAAUGGAAUGGAUGCGGGGUGGUUGGGUACCAGUCUCUGCAGAGGCCGGGUGGAAUCCAUCGCGCCCACCCUUGCCCCCCCCCCCACAUCUCCCCCCAAUCCCCGUAGGUCCUUCCGCUCCGGGCUCCUCUGGGGGUCACACCCCAGGUGCUCACCCCCUUAAUGUAACCCCGGGCCCCAGGAGCGGGUAGGGGGCGAGGCUCAGGUCUGACGAUCGCAGGCUGCAGUCCCCGCGCCGCAGCGCUGCGGCUCUGAACACUUCGCUAGGAGGCCGGCAGCCUCGGGGUGCCAAUAUGUAAAGCAGCUGGCGGCGCUGGGCGGGGCCUGGGCGCGAUGCAAAUGAAGGAGGCGGGCCCUGUCCGGGGCUCCGCCUCCCUCCCCCGCAGCUGGGGCCAGCGGUGCCAAGCGCAGCUGGACGAGCGGCGGCAGCUGGGCGAGUGACAGCCCCAGCUCCGCGCGCCGCGGCGGCCAGAGCCGGCGCAGGGGAAGCGCCUGCGGCCCCGGGCGGCAGCGGCGGCCGCCUCCUCGCGCGCUUCCCGGGCCCGCACCCCGCGGUCCCGCGGCCCCGGGGCCGACACCUUUCGGCUCCCGCUCCCCGCGCGCAAGAUGGCUGACCCGGCUGCGGGGCCGCCGCCGAGCGAGGGCGAGGAGAGCACCGUGCGCUUCGCCCGCAAAGGCGCCCUCCGGCAGAAGAACGUGCACGAGGUGAAGAACCACAAAUUCACCGCCCGCUUCUUCAAGCAGCCCACCUUCUGCAGCCACUGCACCGACUUCAUCUGGGGCUUCGGGAAGCAAGGAUUCCAGUGCCAAGUCUGCUGUUUUGUCGUGCACAAGCGGUGCCAUGAAUUCGUCACCUUCUCCUGCCCAGGUGCCGACAAAGGCCCAGCCUCUGAUGAUCCCCGGAGCAAACACAAGUUUAAGAUCCACACGUACUCCAGCCCCACGUUUUGUGACCACUGUGGGUCACUGCUGUACGGACUCAUCCACCAGGGGAUGAAAUGUGACACCUGCAUGAUGAACGUGCACAAGCGCUGCGUGAUGAACGUCCCCAGCCUGUGCGGCACAGACCACACGGAGCGCCGCGGCCGCAUCUACAUCCAGGCCCACAUCGAGAGGGAAGUCCUCAUCGUCGUCGUAAGAGAUGCUAAAAACCUUGUACCUAUGGACCCCAAUGGCUUGUCAGACCCUUACGUGAAACUGAAACUGAUUCCCGACCCCAAGAGCGAGAGCAAGCAGAAGACCAAAACCAUCAAAUGCUCCCUCAACCCUGAGUGGAACGAGACAUUCAGAUUCCAAUUGAAAGAAUCGGACAAAGACAGAAGACUGUCCGUGGAGAUUUGGGACUGGGAUCUGACCAGCAGGAAUGACUUCAUGGGAUCUUUGUCGUUUGGGAUUUCCGAACUGCAGAAAGCUGGUGUUGAUGGCUGGUUCAAGUUGCUGAGCCAGGAGGAAGGCGAGUACUUCAACGUGCCUGUGCCACCAGAAGGAAGCGAGGGCAAUGAAGAGCUGAGGCAGAAAUUCGAGAGAGCCAAGAUCAGUCAGGGGACCAAGGCUCCGGAAGAAAAGACGACCAACACCAUAUCCAAACUUGACAACAACGGGAACAGAGACCGAAUGAAACUGACUGAUUUUAACUUCCUGAUGGUGCUCGGGAAAGGAAGCUUUGGCAAGGUCAUGCUCUCCGAGCGGAAAGGCACGGACGAGCUCUACGCUGUGAAGAUCCUGAAGAAGGACGUGGUGAUCCAGGACGACGACGUGGAGUGCACGAUGGUGGAGAAGCGGGUGCUGGCCCUGCCGGGGAAGCCACCGUUCCUGACCCAGCUGCAUUCCUGCUUCCAGACCAUGGACCGCCUGUACUUUGUGAUGGAGUACGUGAACGGGGGUGACCUCAUGUACCACAUCCAGCAAGUUGGCCGGUUUAAGGAGCCUCAUGCUGUAUUUUACGCUGCAGAAAUUGCCAUCGGUCUGUUCUUCUUGCAGAGCAAGGGCAUCAUUUACCGUGACCUCAAACUUGACAAUGUGAUGCUGGAUUCAGAGGGCCACAUCAAGAUUGCUGAUUUUGGCAUGUGUAAGGAAAACAUCUGGGAUGGGGUGACCACUAAGACAUUCUGUGGAACUCCAGACUAUAUCGCCCCUGAGAUCAUUGCCUACCAGCCCUACGGGAAGUCUGUGGAUUGGUGGGCCUUCGGAGUCCUGCUGUAUGAAAUGUUGGCUGGGCAGGCACCCUUUGAAGGAGAGGAUGAGGAUGAGCUCUUCCAGUCCAUCAUGGAACACAACGUGGCUUACCCCAAGUCCAUGUCCAAGGAAGCUGUGGCCAUCUGCAAAGGGCUGAUGACCAAACACCCGGGCAAACGCCUGGGGUGCGGACCCGAAGGUGAACGCGACAUCAAGGAGCACGCGUUUUUCCGGUAUAUUGAUUGGGAGAAACUGGAGCGCAAAGAGAUCCAGCCCCCGUACAAGCCAAAAGCCAGAGACAAGCGAGACACCUCCAACUUCGACAAAGAGUUCACCAGACAGCCUGUGGAACUCACGCCUACUGAUAAACUCUUCAUCAUGAACUUGGACCAAAAUGAAUUUGCUGGCUUCUCCUAUACUAACCCAGAGUUUGUCAUUAAUGUGUAGGCGAAUGCGACUCCGUUGUCCACCCUGGAGUGUUAGACUUCAGGCCAAGUGUAUGUAUCAAUUCUAGUCUUCCAGGAUCCAUGGUGCGUCGUAUGCAGCCUGGCAGUCAGCGCGUGGAGGGCUUGUCCUCGAGGGCUUUUCUUUGUAUGUGUAGCUUGCUAGUUUGUUUUCUACAUUUGAAAAUGUUUAGUUUAGAGUAAGCGCUUUCUCCAAUUAGAAGGAACAAUUUUCCAAACUUCCAGAAACUCAUCAAAAUGAACAGACGAUGUCAAACCUACUGUGUCUGAUACCAAAAUGCUUUGGUAUUUGUAAUUUUUAAAGUCAGAAGCUGAUGUUCCUGGUAAAUGUUUUUACAGUUAUCCUACCAUAUCUUCUUUGAAUGCUAAGCAUGACUGGUAUUUUUAAAAAUUGUGAGUAAGCUUUGCAGUUACUGUGAACUAUUGUCUCUUGGAGGAAAUUUUUUGUUUAAGAAUUGAUAUGAUUAAACUGAGUUAAUAUAUGCAAA